AUGGGCGAGUCGGGCGAGUCGAUUUCCAUCGACAUGGAGAUGAUAUCCUUCGGCGGCCAGGUGUCUUGGCUUUUUCCGUCUAGCUCUUCUUCUCCUGUGUCUGUAAUUGUGUUCUUUUACUUUCGUCCGGAGUUUCUUUUGGCAUAUUGGCAUUGCCCGUCUGGUUUCGAUGUGCAGGAGUUCGCGGUGGAGACGAGUACUGGGUCGGUUUUGGUGUCCGUCUGCGGAGAUCAAGAGAGGCCAGCUUUGAUCACUUAUUCGGACGUCGCUCUUAACUGUCUGUUUCGUCCUUGAGGGAGAUCUUUCCCUUUCUCUUCCGAUCGUUCUUGCGGGCAUGGGCUCAAAAAGUGAAACUCUUCCAAGAGUCUCAUAGCCACAAUGUGCUGUGUUUCUUUAUCAUCGAUGAUGCACUUGUGGGUCGCCCGGGGGCAUCGAAUGAAAAAUUUUCAGGCAUUCCAUCCCCUUCAUCCCAUGUUUUUUUUUCCUCUCCUUGGAGUCUCGUUUUCUUUACAAAACCAAGUGGAAAGUUCUCAAGAAUUGAUUCCUUGUCCUCCUCACGAACACAACACAACAUCGUCUUCUCCCCCUUGUUCUUCUUUCUGGGUUUAUUUCGGGCUGGAUAAAUGCAAGACUGUAGCAUUUCCCACCUGGAUGUGAUUCCUUCUCUUCCUCUCCUUCUCUUGUUGUGCUUCAGAUAUGUACUGCUUCCAAGGGUUACUGUUCUGCCCCGGCGCAGACUCCCUGCUUCUCCAGAAUUUUUGCAUUUUACCACAUCAACGCGCCCGGGCAUGAGGUAGGCUGUCCGAAGCUUGGUGACGACUCCAAUCCUGGUUCUUCCCAUUCCUUUACAUGACCUUUUGGGGAAAUUCUCGCAGCUGGGGGCCGCUGCCAUCCCCGACGAUGCCCCCUUCCUCAGCGUGGAUGACCUUGCGGAUCAGGUUGCCGAAGUGCUCGAUUUCUUCGAGUAUGGGUUAAUGGCGUUUCUGACCUUCUGUUUCAAUCCAGAUUUUAUCGUCGGCUGAGUUUUUUUCUUUGUUUGCUUUGACGCACAAUAAUUCUCGUCGUGAUAGGUUAACUGCUGGAACCACCUAAAUCAUAUUGGGACUUACCAACAUAUGCUCCUCUCUCAGGGUGAAGAAGGUCAUCUGCUUGGGUGUCCUUGCCGGUGCUUACAUCCUCACGCUAUUCUCUGUAUGUAAUAAUCUAACAAAACUAAGACUAGGGGCCUCUGAUUUCCUCUCUCUCUCUCUCUCUCUCUCUCUCUCUCUCUCUCUCUCUCUUAGAGACUGAUUCAGAAGCAAUUUAGGUCGAGUAUUUGAGUAUUUUUUUGUAGAUGAAGUACAGGGAACGAGCUGCGGGCCUGAUUCUCGUCUCCCCUCUGUGUCGAGCGCCAUCUUGGACCGAGUGGUCCUAUAAUAAGGUUCAUCAUCCUCUGGAUUAAAAGAGAAAACGCUGCUUCUGCAUCAAAAUAAUUAUAGGGCUCAUCUCCAGGUGCUGCUGAGCUUGCUCUAUUUCUAUGGCAUCUGUGGGGUGUUCAAGGAGCUCCUCAUCCUCAGAUUCUUCAGUGAGGUAUGGCAUCAAGAAGAUUCUGGGUGGCUUUUAUUUCGUAUUCAGGCAUAUUUUCUCCUGGUUUAAUCGAUCUUCUCAGGAGGUUCGAUGCGGCACCGAAGGGGCGAAGUCUGACGCUUUGCAGUCGUGCCGAAGGGUAUGAUGCUUUCAGAAGAACACAAUUUCCGAACGGUCAUCUUUCUACUUAUCGUAUUUUUAUGCUUGAAUUUUUUUCUAAAAUAUCACAGCUGCUUGACGAUCGGCAAAGCUCAAACGUCAUACGAUUUCUAAUUGCAAUAAACAGGUGAGUACAUUGCUUCCCCAGUUUUUUUUCUCAUUCUCAACAAUAAUAUUUAUCAGGAGCAGAGCCCCUCUUUAUAGAUAAUUCAUCUCAAAAGAUUAUUACUGUUCAUUGUCGCCGCUCUCUCUCUUUUUCUGGGGAAUUUUGGAGUGCAAACUGCUCGAAAUUGUAAAAGUCUCAAUUAAUUAAUAUUCUGAUAUAUUAACACAUCUCCCAGAUUUGAUUCGUGAGCAGUUAAAAUGCAUCAUUACAUCAAUCAGAACCAUAAUGAUAUAAAUUACAUCCUUCCCUUUCUUUUACAACAGAAUUUUAAAUUCAUAAAUUAUUUUUUUAAAAAUAAACUCCUGCUGUUUUCCUUCUUUGUACUAUGCAUCUUGUACAUCAUAUGCAUCUGCCGCGCCUGUCAUGGUGGGCAUAGAUUAAAAAGGAAGAAAUCCACUAUUUUUAUUUUAAAUUAUUAUUUUCAUAAUCGUUAGAUCUUCACCAAUUACAAAAUCGAUUCCCAGGAAAGGAUUCAAUCCUCUAAUUGUUGGCUUAAUGAUGACAAAUAGGAGAUGUGACCUCACAGAGAACCUGAAAGAGCUUCAAUGCAAGACGCUCAUUUUUGUGGGAGAAAGAAGCCCCUUUUAUUCCGAGGCUCGCCACAUGAUCGAGAAGAUGGGCUGUGCAAGCCCAGAUCUUAUAGAGGUAUUUUUUUUCCCUCAGCCUAAUUUUGAUCGCAUAAAUAGGUUUCCCCAGCAUUUCGCUUUAUUCAUCAUCUCCUUGUGGCCUCGUAUUUAUUUUGUCGAAAAUAAUUAUUCCUAAAUUUGUGAGUAUGGCGAACGAUCGGACAAUGUGAUUCUGCUGGACCAUGGUGGGCCCGAAUCGGGCUCAAAAUAAUGCGUCCAACAGGGCGACUCUUUCUAUUUUUUUUCUUGUCGGCGUGCAAUGAAAUGAUGGACAUGAAUAGAUAAUUACAAUAAUUACUCUCCCUUUCCCUCUCUGUCUCUCAUGUUUCUGCCUCUUCCGUCCUUAUCGGACGAACUUGGUCAUAAUUCUGAGAAAGGAGAGAAGAUAGCUAACUCGUCUUCUUGCAUGCUGCUCUGUGAAUCAGAUUCAUGCCUGCGGAUCGCUGGUGACCGAGGAACAGCCCGACGCGAUGCUCGUGCCGCUCGAGAUUUUCCUGGAGAGCUUCGGGUUCUUCCGGCGAACUUCCUCUGCGCUGAGACACGGCAGCCGGCAUUCACGCCCCGCCUCACCGCCGGCGGCGUACAUCCCCCCCGAGCUUCUCUCUCCCGAGGGCCUGGGCAUCAAGCUUAAACCCAUAAAGACGCGCACAACCGUUGAGGCCUGA